AUGUUCUCUCCCCAACCUUCUAUCGCCGCACUUAAAGCCUUUGUCACCGUCCUCCUUCUGCCUCAGUUUCAUUAUCCAUCGACCAUGCACGCCCACACCAUGCAUAACCGUUACGGCUCUACAUCAAACUCCCUUUUGGCCCCACCGAAUGCUCAAGAAGACAUCCUAUCAGGUGGGAAAGCGCGUAUGCCAGGGUCAAAAGCUACCUCCAAGCCAAACAUACCUUCGCUCCCUAAACCUCACUACAGACGUACCCCCAAAGCACCCAGACCCGACGUACACGCCUUCCUUCCUCCUCCACCAUAUAGCGCAUCAUUCCUCGCAGUUCCGAAUAACACACCUGCGACCACUCCACCCCUUCCUCCGCUCAGUAGCAGCAGCAGCUCAGACGACUCGGUAACGCUCAGUACACCCAAUGCAUUUGCCGGAGUGAGCUCGCAUGGUCGUUCAGGACUAGUGGGCCUGGGUUUCGAAGGCCUAGAGAAAGGCGGAGGCGGGACAUUUGAUGGGCUCGGAAGGCUCAGCGAUGGGUUUAGGUUAUCCGAUUCCUCACCUCCCAACCAAGUUCGGUCCAAAGCGGUUAGAACGCAGCCUAAGAAGAGACAUGACGUGUUCUUCCCGUGCCCGCAUCACUCUAGGUCGCUAUCGCCUGUGUCGUUCUUGGCACGGGCGCUUCCUAACACUGCGAUGAUGCAGUUCCGGAUUCAUCGUCGGAAUGAUGCCGGAUCACCUACGCCUGAUAUGAAGAUCGAUCCUAGUAGGAGCACUGUGUCGACUGAGUUGAAGCGAGCUGCUGGGAUGGAGCGUCGGGCAUCGUUGAGUCGGUGUGAAAGGGUUGGAUGGCGGUAG